UCAUCUCAUAUAUCAACAUGGCACAUCUAAUCAACGUCUCGCUUGCCCUUGCUAUAUCCUUCGCGGUUCUACAAUUAACACAUGCCCAUGAUGCUGGCAACUCACAGGAAGACUACGUUCAGGUACAUAAUUGUAUCAGGAAAGUGUUGAACUUGCCUCCUUUAAAAUACGACCCAGAAUUGGAGAAAUCUGCCCAAUCAUGGGCCGAUCAAAGAAAGGAUUGUGCAAUGAUCCACUCUGAUAGGUGCGGAGAGAAUAUGGCAUCUGGACCAUGCAUGAAUAUUACAUAUGCCGUGCAAUUGUGGCUUGAUGAGAGGAGGGACUACGACUACAAUGAAAACAAGUGCAUUAAGAUGUGUGGCCAUUAUACUCAAGUCGUCUGGAGAAACACUGAACGUGUUGGAUGUGCUAGGAGUCAAUGUGCAGAUGGUAAUUGUUGGGUGGUUGUUUGCAACUAUGACCCUCCUGGCAAUGUUGUCGGCCAAAAGCCUUAUUAGUUCUCGUUUAGUUUCCUACGUUGUUUAUUCUGCAACAGAAUAAUUUGGUCACGUCAACUUUACUAUUUGUUGUCUAUUAGGUUUUCUAUUAAUCAGGGUCAAACGUUAAGGUAGUUGGCGUGAUGGAUGCUUCUCAGAUUCGAAGUAUCCAACUAAUAAAUGAUUUAUCGAGACAUGUAAAUUUUACA